GCAAGAGAAAAGGGCAAGAGAGCCAGAGAAUAGAAGACAAAUUUACUGUUUUAUGCGUGUUUUUGAGCUCUCCCUGGUGUUGAGAAGGAUGAGAAUUUGUAUGCAAUUUAACAGCAGAAUAUUUCUGUGUCUGGUAUAUUGGUAAUGGAGAAUUUCACCAACUGAACAGGAAUGUAACUGCUUAAGUGUCCUCAUCUAUAUAUAAUAGUCAUAGGUAAUCUUUGGGUAAAAUUAUACUAUGUUAAUCUCCUUAAUUAAUGUUCCUCCCUUCUUUUUAAUAGAGAUAAUCAUAAGAAAUGAAUUUUAAUGUCUGGAAUAUCAAAGACAUGCUCAGUAUGCCUUCAGGCUCAGGGGCUAUUAAGUCAUCUAACUGGAAUAAUAAUCAGACUGAUUACUCUAGUCUCAGUGAUUCCCAGUUCCUCUUUGGAUCUCAGUUUUGUCCAGAAAAUUCAGAGACCCUGUCAGCACCCUUGGACAUUGGUAACCACUUAAGACAUCCAAAACAGUCACAACAGAAUUCUCUGGAUAGUGAACCUAGUAUUUUCACAAAGUACCAGACAAAACCCCAGCUAUUUGGAGGAGAUACAAAGGAUGGAGGCUUAUUUUCUCUUCCUUUGUCAGUUGGAAAAUCAAAAGGCCUCUUGGAACAGUUUGAGGAGAAAAAGAAAAGCGCAAAAGACAAAUAUGACAGUGAGACUGUAUGCAGCUUUAUUUCUCAUGUCAGAGAAACUAUUCACAGGUUGCAGACAUCUGUGGAAAAGUCUGAGGAACAUCUCAGUUCAAGAAGUCAAUCUAUUUUGGAUUCUUUAGAGACUGUGGCAAAGACAUUGCAAGAGACUGUGAGGGCCCAGAGUGACCUGGUGCUUGAGGCAGUGCAGGACAAAGGCAGCACGGAGCAGACCAUCCUCGAGAUGCAGAAGAGACUUGAAGCUAGACAAGCAGAGUUUGUAGAAAUGAAGUCUAACCUGAAGCACCUUGAAGUCUUAGUUGCCCAGCAGAGCAAGGACUUCCAGCAGCUGUGUGAGCAGCUAGGCCAGCUGAACGUACCCGGUGUCCUAGCAGACCUGAAGAAAUUUAUCUCGGUGCCUCGAGUACAUGAGCAUGUGAAAGACAGCACUUCCCAGACCUCACCAGCUCCAGCCCAGAGCUUCAGUUUCACCAGGCGGGAAAAACUGGCCUCUGAGGAACCAGUUAGAUGGCAGGCCCAGCCCCUCGCAGCUGCAUGGAAUCCCAGUGUGGGCUCUCUGUGGCCUAGAGAGUUUGGCAUCUGGGGUGAAGGAGCAAAGAGCGAUAUUCACCGAGAAGAGGCCACACUGCCAGCAGCUGGGCUCAGUAAAGGAAACAAACAUGUACAGGACAAGGAGGUGCAGACUAACUGUGAGCAGUGUGCCCUUAUUAAAAUAGAACCUGAGAACCAUGACCCUGGCAUCCUGGGCCACAAGGUUCCUGGCGACAGGGACUUGGUCUCUCAGGGAGACUCACAGCUCAUAUCCUUAGAUUUAAACAACUUUGCAGCUAGCAUUAAGAACUCCUGCCGAGAAUGUCAGGCCAAAGGUAUGUUUUCACGUGAUCCCUGUGGACAAAGUUUGGUAACCGAACCGAAAGGCAGGACUGUAGAAAGAGGGAAAAAAGGCAAGAAGCAGCGGCCUAAGAAAGCCCACAGAGGCAGGCUCCUAGCCAGGAAGCGAAAACAAACCCCAGGCAAGACCAGUGCUGUCAAAUCUAAAAAUCAGGGCCCUGAGCCUUCAGUUUCGGAUCCACAAGGGCCCUCCCCGGGGCAGCAGGAACCCCUUCAGCAGCCUCUGCGUCUCCGGCGUUCCAGGAACCCCACAAAGCCCGUCAGCCCCGCUAUGGGAGGGGCAAUCAUGCCCAGUAAGGCGGCGAGGGCAGUGCAGGGAAGACUCCUGAGGCUUGGUACACUUCCUUCCCAACACAACAGCCUGCUUUCCAGCAGCCCGCAGGCGGACCACCAGAUGAGCUGGUUCAGCGACCUCAGCCUCAGAAGUUCAGAGCCCCCUUUGUGCAAGGAGCCAAGGAAGAAUCUGUUCUAUGACCUGGCUUUUGAUAGCAGUGAUGAUGGCUUCUGA